UGAUUGGUUGCGGGUUCCAGUGGUUUUCACGGCACGUUAGUGACUUUUCCACGCCGAGUGCCGUGUCGGAGCACCAUGCAGUCCGCCGCUGCAGACCUGGGCCGAGCGCUGUGCAUCAUCACCGGGGCCUCCAGAGGCUUCGGCCGGACCGUGUCGCGGCAGGUUAGCAGGUUGUUGAAGCCCGGCUCGGUGCUCGUGCUGGCAGCUCGGAGCGCCGAGAACCUGCGGGCGGUUCAGGCGGAGCUGGCCGCCUCAGAGGUGCCCGGCGCCGGCCUGGAGGUGCGCUGUGUACCGGCGGACCUGGGGCUGGAGGAGGGAGUGGAAAAGGUCGUCAAAACGUGCAGAGAGGUGUCAGCUGAGGAUAUCGAUCACAUUAUUCUGAUCAACAACGCUGGGAGUCUGGGUGACGUGUCACGCUACUUCAUAGGCUUUACCAACAUGGCUGAAGUGGACUCCUUUCUGUCGUUGAACAUCAGCUCCUGCCUUUGCCUCACCGCCGGCGUGUUGCAGGCUUUUCCACAGCGUCCAGGUCUGCGGCGCACCGUGGUCAACGUCACCUCGAUUUGUGGAAUAAGUCCUUACCGCACCUGGGUGCUUUACUGCACUGCCAAGGCUGCCCGCGAGAUGAUGUUCAGGGUGCUGGCAGAGGAGCAGCCCAACGUCCGGGUGUUGAACUACGCUCCAGGGCCUCUGGACACAGACAUGCUGUCGCAGGCCAAAGAGAGAACAGCUGAUCCCGACCUUCAGAGGUUGAUCUCAGACCUGUACGCUAACGGUCAGGUGCUGACGUGUGACACGUCCUGCUCCAAGCUACUGAAGCUGCUGCUGGACGAUGGCUACACCUCAGGAGCUCACGUAGACUUCUUUGACGAGUAGACCGGCCAUUCAGCACUGGGCCACAC